AUGAACCCUAACAAAAAGCACACAAAAGAUUUGAAUGAUGAGGUCGAAGAGUUGCUUAGGGCUGCAGAGGAUGCAGCUUUGCUAAAACUCAACCUCAGCUCACACACAGUUCAUGCCUCCCCUUCUGAUCUAUGUCCAGACCUAGAGAAGCGAUUCCGGGAUCUUAAAUCUAGCUCUAAAUCAAAGGCAAAGAAAGUAAGCAAAAUGCCGCCACCCCUAGAAUCUACCAAAGUGAACAAAGAGGUUGAGGAUGAUGACUUAUUAGCGAGAUUUGCAUCCCUUAAGGCCUCUCUGCCCAAACCAUCUUUCUCCGUUUCCUCUUCAUAUGCGGGCAUUGAGACCUCAGAUAAUUCUGUUGACAAUAAGCUUGCUGAUGGUAGUUCAGGUGGUAAAGCUAAAAUUGAUGAUGUAGAUGAAGAUGAAGAUGAGGUUGAGAAGGUUAUAAGGUGGGCCAUGGAUGCAGCACGUCUUGAUCCAUCUCCACCUUCUGAUGAUGACAGUAUCAAUGAUGAUAGUUAUGAUGACAACGAAACGAGUGAUGAGGAUGCUCUGAGCUGUGAGAGGAAUCCAAAGGGGCAACGCAAAUAG